AUGUACAAAAGCAUUCUUUCUAACCUUAAAAUACUCACUCAAAAAUUUUUGCUACGAGCUUUUGAGUAUGUUGAAGCAAAUGACCACUUCAAAGUUGAAGGCAUUUUUAGACGAUCAGGCUCUCAUCAACGGCAAAAGCAGAUUUUGGCUGACAUUGAGGCUAAUAUGGAUUUUUCUGCUGCCACCCUUUUUGAUGUCACAGACCUUGUGAAGACUUUUUUCCGACAACUCAAGGAACCACUCCUUACAACUGUCUAUUAUGAAAGCUUCUUGUGUGCUAUCCAGCAUGAAGACACCAAAUUCGCUGAUGCUUCCAUUUUGUUGUUGUGUCUGCUGCUUCCACCUGAGCACCUGUACACACUGCAAUUGUCAAUGGAACUUGAAUUGGUUGAUGUUAUUUUGAGUUGCAGCCCAGUAAUUAUUUUGGUUGGUGUAGACCUUUGUUGUCUCCCUUGUCGUUGCAAGAGGGCGUCUUGGUCUUUUGCCCACGUUCUCAACAAAAAUAUGCCAGUUCCUCCCAGUUCUACUAAUGUGGGUGCAGGACGAGGCCCCAGCUCUAAGUCUGUAGCACCACGUGUUGGAGGUAGCAAUGUCAGACAGAGGAAAACGACGACGACAGCAGCAAAACGCACAGCAACAACUGGUGGAGGUGGUGGUGCUGGAAUGUGGCGGUUCUACACAGAAGAUUCUCCUGGAAUCAAAGUUGGUCCUGUACCUGUCCUUGUGAUGAGUCUACUCUUCAUUGCGUCUGUGUUUAUGCUACACAUCUGGGGUAAAUAUACCCGUGGAUAA